AUGGUAGCCCCCCUGAUAUGGAUCAACGCCUUUCCCGGGACUGGAAAGCUCACCAUAGCAAAGGCGAUCAAGUCACUGGAUAAAUCAGUCACCGUCAUCGACAACCACCAACUGAUUGAUCCGGUGGCAUUAAGAGUUUCUCGGGAUGACCCGCGCUACCAGGCAGAGCGGAAACGUGAGCGAGAGCGAGCAUUUGAGAGACACGUCUACGACCCUGCAAUGGCUUCAAGUACGGUUGUCUUUACAGAUUUCCAGUCAGACAAUGAACUGGGCCGAAGUGCUGCGAAGGAAUACCUGAUGGCGGCUAAGAAAGCCAAGAGACCCUUCAUGCCAGUUUAUCUAGGUUGCGACGUCGAUGUCAAUAUCGAACGAGCUACGAGCCAAGAUCGAAGGUCGGGUACUACAACGAAGCUGACGGACACUGCCCUUCUCCGAGACAUGCGAUCAAGGUGCAAGCUCUUUGAGUUUGACGAUCAGGAUUUCUCGCACUGGAUUGACACUACGGAUAAAGAGCCUGAGGGUGUAGCCAAGAUGAUCCUGGGGCGGUCUCGAGUGAUAUCUGAAGGAAAAUAA